AUGGCUUCUGAUUCGUCUGACAUACCUUCACUUAAGAACGUUGAAGUUGUUGUUGGAAAAGUGAAUCCACCGAAAGAUGUAUCAAAAUCGACAGUUGAUCCUAAUGAUUCCAAUUCGUCUGACAUACCUUCACCUGAGAACUUUGAAGAUGUUUGUGGAAAAGUCGAUCCACUAUCAGAUGUAUCACAAUCGACAUUUGAUCCUAAUGAUUCCAGUUCGUCUGACAUCUGUUCACCUAAGAAAUUUGGAGAUUUUGAUGGAAAAGUCAAUCCACAUUCAGAUUUGGAGAGGGUCAUUUCGGAAGAGAUUUCUUUAAUUGCCAAAGAAGAGGAGAAGCUGUCAAAAAAAGAAAAAAGGAAGUUGGCUUUGUUAUGUUGGAAGUGGGAAGAAGUUGUAGAUCUAUGUGAAGAUGAAGACUUGGGUGUAGAUCUACCAUUGAUACCAGUGAAAAAGAAAGUGAAAGUUUCCAUUCAAUCUCGAAAUCGAGUCAUGAAACUUUUUGAUGAAUCAGAUGUUGAUGAGUGA